CCAGCGUUUAUCAACAAAUCAAAACAACAACGCGAGCAACAAUUGCUUAUAAAGUUAAACUUUUUGCAGCCGCAUUGUUAUUCCAUAUAUCGACAUGCCAGAUUCGCCGCCACCGGCUACCAAUUGUGAAGAAGCACUGGUCCAGUUGAAGAAGUUCGGGUACGCCUUCGACGGAGCUGGAGUCCUGCGCAAAAUCGAUCCCGCCACAGGAGAGCCCGGCAAGGAGCCUUUUUCCUAUAACGUCAGCGAUGAUCCCGCCGAGAACGAGAAGCACUACCAAAAUCUGGCCAAUCAAAUCCCGGAGAUUGUCUACGCUCUUCUGGAAAAAAAUGGUCUUAGUCGAACCUAUAUUCCCUUUAACAAUCCCCCAGAACGUUCUUCGUUCAUCUACUCUCAACCCGCGAAGUUGUCGCAGUCAAAAAAGUUACUAGUUCUCAUCCAUGGCAGUGGUUAUGUGAAGGCUGGACAGUGGGCUAGAAGUUUAAUUAUAAACAACUCCUUGGACCACGGCUCUCAGUUGCCCUACGUACGACAGGCACAGAAACUAGGGUACGAUUUGCUUAUUACCAAUGCAAAUGAUUGCAAACGAUUCUACAACGGAAAGGAUAAUCCGAUCAAGGAAGUAGACACUCCUAUAGAUCACACUAGAUAUGUGUGGAAGAAUAUUGUGUUGCCCUCAAAACCGGAGAGUGUGGCAAUUGUGGCCCACAGCUAUGGUGGCUGUCUCACACUAGAUCUGGUGGAUCGUUACUCGGACUUCUUUAAAGAAUCUGUCUUUGCGAUUGCCUUCACCGAUGCGGUUAUGGGAAGUCCCCAGGCCAAGAACAAGGAUUACCUGUGUGAUGUGACCUGCGAUUGGGUUGCCAGCAAUUCGCCUUUGGACACACCCGUCUCACAGUCAAAGAACGGCAUCCGAAAGAUUUCCGCUGGACACACCAAACAUGAGUGGACCUCUUACUCGGCCAUCGAUUCCGUGUUCAAGUUCAUCGAGGAAAAGUAUGAGCAGCGGUCGAACAAGAAGUGACAGUCCAACAUCUACUUGUUAAAGAAUUUGUACACUUCCCAUAACUUGAAGAUGUGAAUAUAAAUUAUGUUUUUACCGCCAGAACACA